AUGCUUACCAUAACUCUUCAAGAUCCAAACGCAACCUACAGCCAAGGCGACCUCGUCGCCGGCCAAGUGAGCUUCCACGGCGUUGCUUCACAGCCAGUCGACAUCGUAGUCGAGUUCACCGGCCACACUAAAACCACGACCCCUGACUCGGGCGACAGAUAUGGACAGGCGGACCUUUGCUGGACGCGCGUAGCGCAAUUCCAGUGUCUCCACGGAUCCCAACCUGCAAGUCAACCUACCGCCUGGCCAUUCUCGUUCACCUUUCCCUCGCGCGCGUCGCCAGUUGACCCCAGCGUCGUGGACAUGCGCGGGUGGACUAACCAGAUGACGACGAUCCGAUCGUACCACGCAUUGCCGCCGACAUUUCUCGAUCAAGGGGUCCCGCCGCUGUUCAUGGCUGCGGUUGAGUAUCACGUUCGCGCGUCGGCCUGGGGCAAGUCUUCGCGGUCUGGGUCAGCUCAUGUCGUGCUUGGCGAGCAGAGCGUGGCUAUUGUCUACAGACCGAGAGAUGACCCGGGCCCGGUGCCCCUUCAAGAUUUGAAGACGACGAAGAAGAAUAAGGGCGAGGUACUCAAACUGUACGCGCACCGCACCAUCAAGAGCAGUCUCUUCGUUCCGAAGGCAAAGGAGAAGCGCGUGAAACCUCCUCCAGACCAAACAGGACUGCGCGAGCGCGCCCGCUCCCUCCUCCCGCGCCUUCUGCACCUCCCCUCUCUCCAGUGCCGCCUCGAGCUCGUGCUCCCUGCCCAGAUCCACCUAGGAGAGGAGAUCCUAUGCCUGGUGAAUGUGGUCCCGCUCUUGGACUCCUCCUCUUCCUCGACCGUGAGCAAGGCCCCGCCCUUUACGCUGUCGGCGUUUAGCAUUGCCGUCACCGGCAAGACGAAAGUCUGGGCCGCGGGAGAGUCACGGGAUAUGGACGAUGUAAAGAGCCGCGCGGAUGUUAUUCUCGACAAGUCGAAGACGGGGAUGGAUGUGGCACUCGUGCCCUCGUCAUCCUCCUCCUCCUCCCCGACGGCAGUGGCCGGAGAAGGCAAUUAUGCACGCGCGUUAAUCAUUAGCCCCGCCGUUCAGGGUACCGCACCCACAUUCAAAACGUACAAUAUCUUCCGUACAUACGCCAUGCGCGUAGCAGUUGAAGUCCGCUGUGCGGACGUGUCCAUGAGCAUGGCAGAGAAGGUGGAGUUGGUUGUUCUGCCUGGGACAGGCGACUACUACUCUUCGACGUUGCGUGGAGUGGCUGGCCAUGGGGACUUUGAUGUUCUGGAUCCGGCACGUUUGCCUUCAUAUGUUGAGUCAGUUUCGCAGAUGGCUCAGGCGGUAUUUUCUAUCCUGGGAGGGUAA